AUGCAGCGCACCCUUCAGAAUGUGCUAGAUGAAGCGCUCUUUGGACGUGACAUGAUUUCACUACAAGUGGAUCGCUUCACUCAUCAAAGACGCCUUUGUUUCUUAUGCUGUGACACACUUCUGGUGGAUUCUCUGAUCCCGUGGCUCAGCCAGCGGGGGGCAUCUGUAUGGGGGGCACUGAUCCACAGUAUUUCUCACCUUCUCUCUUUCAGUAAAGAAUAUCCCGUGGUUCCCAGGAGCACAGUAAGACAGAAAGUAGCCUCCAACCACAGUCCUUUCAGCAGUGAGCCUCGAGCUCUGUCCUCCUCGUCCAACUUGGGGUCCCAGUACCAGUGCGAGAAUGGUGUAUCCGGCCCCUCCCAGGAUCUCCUGCCCCCGCCCAACCCAUACCCACUGCCCCAGGAGCACGGCCAGAUUUAUCACUGCACCAAGAGGAAAGAUGAAGAAUGUUCUACCACGGACCACCCGUAUAAGAAGCCCUACAUGGAGACGUCGCCCAGCCCCGAGGACCCUUUCUACCGCUCCGGCUACCCCCAGCAGCAGGCCCUGAGUGCCUCCUACAGGACAGAGUCGGCCCAGCGGCACGCCUGCAUGUAUGCCAGCUCCGUGCCCCCCAGCGAGCCGGUGCCCAGCCUGGAGGACAUCAGCUGCAACACGUGGUCCGGCAUGCCUUCCUACAGCAGCUGCACGGUCACCACGGUGCAGCCCAUGGACCGGCUGCCCUACCAGCCCUUCUCUCCUCACUUCACCUCGGGGCCCCUGGUCCCCCGGCUGGCUGGCGUGGCCAACCACGGCUCCCCGCAGCUCGCAGAGGGAAUGUUCCAGCACCAGCCCUCCGCGGCCCACCAGCCCGCGGUCAGGCAGUGCGGACCUCAGACUGGCCUCCAGUCCCCCGGCGGCCUUCAGCCGUCCGAGUUCCUGUAUCCUCACGGCGUGCCGAGGACCCUGUCCCCACAUCAGUACCACCCUGUGCACGGGGUUGGCAUGGUGCCAGAGUGGAGUGAGAACAGCUAAAGGGAGGGCUGCUUCGUCACAGACGUUGGCCGGGGAGAGAGAGCGAGAGAGAGAGAGAGAGAGAGAGAGAGCGCGGGAGACAGACGGAAGCAGAGAGGACCCCCGCGGGAGGCGUUUCUCCUCCGCAGUGUUCACGUCUGCCCUCGAGAGCCCUGGACGCUGAUCCAAUCAGUAGCUCGGAACCACAAUUCAAAAAAGGUGACUUUGUUGUUUCAACACUUAAAAAAAAAAAAAAAAAAAAAAAAGACAAAAAAAAAAACCAAACCAAAAAAAAACCAAGAUGCACCCCACCUGCCACGACCACUCCACGCGUCGGCCGGCCAUGUUCACGCCUCCUCCGGGAGUCCUCCGUGAUUCCUUCUUUUGGCCUCCAAAGGCCUUUGCCUUAUCGAGGGUUUUAGCCUAAAGGUGUGGCUGGAGUCUUUCCUGUCUCAGUGUUAAUGUUGACGUUGUUAUAUAAUAAAUAAUAAUAUAUUUUUUCUUUCAAUUUUCUUAAUGGGACCCAGUCCCUUAUGGGGGGGGGGCGCCCCGCGAGGUCUGAGGCAAGUGUGUUUCCUACAUGUACUUGUGGGGGUUCCCCUCACGUACACCACGGCCGGAACCGGAGAUUCGCCACCCUGCCCUUGACUAAGAAAUUACCUACCUCUGCCACGUGAUGUUCUCAAGAAAGUUCCCUACGUCCUGGCCUUUGUCCGACUUUUCCCACCUUGCCGGGCCUCGCGGAGCCCCGCUUGGCCCUUCUUUACCAGCGGGGUCAGCAUAGCGUUGCACUCCGUCUGGCCUCCUAUCUUACUCAGCCCUCCCGUCGUCCCAGCUCUGUGUCUUUCCAGCCGUCUGUCGCUAAGACGUGGCCUAUAGCUUCCCGACCGGAAAGCUUGCUUUGAAAAACUUAAAAAGCCUUGGGUUACACGCGGGCAGAACUGUGAUAAGCCAGGAGCAAGCUCUGUGCCGACAAGCGUUGCAAAAAGGCCAAAGCAAAUAUUCGUCCUGAUAAAACACAAAGCCAGCCCCAAGCUUCCAAAUGUCCGUCACCGUGGCCGGCGACCCGGCCCGGACGCCACGCGAGGCCCGCCGUUCCUAGAGAAAGGGUGAGACGUGCUCGCCGAUUGGUUUUCUCCAAAGCGAUCAUACCAACGCCAGAUGCCGACACCAAACUGUGGUUAUUGAAAGCAGAAAACAGUAUUAAAAAAAAAAAAAAUAAGCGUGUAAGUAAAAUGUUAUUGCAGGGUUCUUCAGAUGUAAUAUUUUACUGGUACUAUUUAUUUAUAAAUAGGAAUUCUAAUUAAGUAAUAACAUGAAAUGAAAUCCAGCAUGGGAGCUGGCCAAGAGCUUUUAAUUUUAUGAAUACUCAAAACCAAGUUUGCGUUUUUUUUUUUUUUUCUUUUGAAUGUGCUUUGCUUUCUUGAUUAAAAAAAAUUUUUUUUUUUUAAACUGACCCUAAUAAAGAGAACAGGGUAAUAUGUGAGGCUAAGUAUGUCCAAGUAUGAGCGAGUGUGUAUGUUUGUACGUGAGUGUCUUCAUGCGAUCACGUCUUUUAAUGUUGCUACGGGGGUGGGGUGAGAAUUAAGUAACCAUUUCGUGUAUUUGUGCGCCAAUUAAUGCCUAAUAAAUACCAUGUGCUUAAAAAAGUA